AGUAAUAUCACUACUUAAGUUGUAGCAAUGGCUUCAAAAGCUUUAGUCUUUUUGUUAGUCUCUCUUCUUGUAGUUGCAUCACAGGCAUCACACUUGAUUCCACCACCACCACCAAAGGUUCCUGUUGUAUCUCCAGUGAAAGCUCCUCUAAAACCCUCAUAUCCACCAACUCCCGUCACAGUACGAGCUCCACCACCACCUCCUAUCCAAGUCCUAACUCCACCAAAAACUCCACCUCCCCCAGUCCAAUCAAGAACGCCACUACCCCCUGUCAGAACCCCACCACCUCCUUCCAGAGCACGAGCUCCGCCACCUCCUAUCAAAGCACGAGCUCCACCAUCUCCUUACACAGCAAGAACCCCACCACCUCCUGCUAGAACACGAACUCCACCACCUCCUGUCAGAACUCGAGCUCCACCACCUCCUUACAUAGCAAUAACCCCACCACCUCCUGUUAGAACACGAGCUCCACCACCUCCUGUCAGAACACGAGCUCCACCACCUCCUUACACAGCACGAACUCCACCACCUCCUAUUAGAUCCAUAGCUCCACCACCUCCUGUCACAUCCAUAUACCCACCACCACCUGCCGUAGUAGAGAGCCCUCCACUGAGGGUGCAGCAUCCUGUCCCUUUGUCAGCUUGCCAUGGGCUAUGUGUGACUAGAUGUGCAAAAUCUAAAAGAAAGAAGUAUUGUAUGAGAUCUUGUAAGACGUGUUGUAAACGAUGCAGAUGUGUUCCAUUCGGUACUCAUGGUCAUUUCGAAACUUGUCCAAAAUGUUACCGUGCACAGAGGACUAGAGGCAACAAACACAAGUGCCCUAAAAUUUAUUCAAUGUAGCCAUAGCUAGAUCACCAGGAAUUUCUUUGUAUUUGGGUAUCUUGGAUUUGAUGAUAACUUCCUUAGUGAUUUCUAUUCACCAGGAUUCUUAUUAUAUAAAACAAUAGUAUCCCUUUUGGGAAUACAAAAGUUAUGGCGGAGAUAAUCUCCUCAUUACAAUAAUUAUGACAGGAGAUAUUCUCCUUAAUAAAAAUAA